AUGAUCAUUCGAGCAGACAUUGCCGAUUUCGACGUAGGCCGAAUCCUCAUCGACACCGGAAGCUCGGUCAACGUACUCUUUGCCGAUGUUUUCAACGGCCUCGGAAUUGACCAUCAAAGCCUCAACAAGGAGAUCACUCCUCUUCUAAGCUUCUCGGGCGAUGUGGUCGAGCCAAUCGAGAGCAUCCAGCUUCCCCUUGCUGUCGGCUCCGGCUCUAGAAGGGCUUUCAUCUACACUCACUUCCUGGUAGUCAACUGUCCGACCGCAUACAACGCCAUCAUCGAUAGGCCCCCCUCACCCGAAUGA